CCUGAAACCCAAAUUCUUUUAAGAGUAGAGCUGCUAAAGCAAACUACCCGACUUUUAACUUUACGUGUCUUAAUCAGCACAUAGGGGCAAGUUCAAACUCUUGGACCAAUACCGAGCCUGAAGCCUGGUCUCCUUUCAAAUUUGAGCAGCUACGAUCGGCAGCUGGGAUCUCUAAACAUCUCUGUCCGAGAGGGAAACACGGAGAGGGAGACGUGAGAGCAAGGACGUGAGCGGAAGGGAGGCAAAAAUCAGAGAAAAGCUAAGCUGGACACACUGAUAACGCUGUUUUUGGGCGUGCGUAAAGGCGCGAAGCGAAGUUGCAUUUACAGGAUACAUGUAAACACAGAUUCCCCCCUUUUUUUGUUUCCCAGACUGGACAUGUUUCCGCUGCUGGAGAGCGACGUUUAGACUGUUGUGAAAAGAGAUUGAACCAAGGGUUGUAGAGAGUCUGGUCUGUUAUCCCUUUCUCUUUAUCUUUCGCUUUUGUGACUGAGUGGAAGUCCUUGUUUUUGACGCUUAGAGUACUGAGGAAACGAUAAAUGCAAAUGCGAUUGGUGACUCCGUGCUUUUAUUCAUCGUCUACAGAGACUUGAAAAGCCGCUUUUCCCACAUUGCACAGCAGCCCGUGGUGUUUGGUUCACUGAAAUGUGAAACACUAGUGAAGUCGAUACAUGACAAACUGCUGCAUCCAGGUGGUUUGUUUGUCUCUGCUGUAAACCUUUUACGCCUUUUGGAUUGUAUGUGUUGAGUAAGAAACUUUUUAAGAAUGAAGAGGAGAAAAUUCACGUAGCACGUCUCCGUUUUCUGCUUACAUCGUCGCUGUGUGCCGAAGUGGAUCCCUGUUGUUAUUUUAGUCAUUUUCGAGCCUUCACGUUGAGGAGACAGGGGAGCUGACAUGCGCCUGGACAUGGGGAUAUAGUGCGCUGACCUACUGCGAAUAAUACAAAGUUGUGAAAUUGCCUGAUUUGCGUACACAGUGAAUGAUCAAGACACCCGGAGCCGGUGGGAAAUCAACCAUAGUGCCUGCUCGUGCGCCGUGAAACAACGCUUUUCUGCUCGCACUGAGCCAGUUCGAGAACUAGGUUAUUUUGCGAGGAGAGACUUCGGAGCAAGAUAUGGAGGAGUGGAGACAAUGUGGACGGUGGUUGAUAGACUGCAAGGUCCUGCCCCCGAACCACCGGGUUGUGUGGCCCUCCUCGGCCGUCUUCGACUUGGCACAGGCCCUGCGUGAUGGGGUGUUGUUGUGCCAGAUGUUGCACAAUCUCUCCCCGGGAUCAGUGGACCUGAAGGAGAUCAAUUUCAGACCCCAGAUGUCACAGUUCCUGUGUUUGAAGAACAUCCGGACAUUUCUGAAGGUGUGUCACGACAAGUUUGGGCUCCGUAACAGUGAACUCUUUGACCCUUUCGACCUCUUUGAUGUCAGAGACUUUGGCAAGGUAAUCUCCGCUCUGUCGAGGAUCUCCCACCACAGCAUUGCACAAAUCAAAGGCAUCAGACCUUUUCCAUCGGAGGAUACUGCUGAGAAUGAAGAUGAUGUGUACCGGAGCCUGGAGGAGUUGGCAGAUGAACAUGACUUGGGUGAGGAUGACAUCUAUGACUGUGUGCCAUGCGAGGAUGAUGGGGAUGACAUCUAUGAGGACAUCAUUAAAGUGGAAGUACGACAACCCAUGAAAAUGGGUAUGACAGAAGAUGACAAGAGAAACUGCUGCUUAGUGGAGAUCCAGGAAACUGAAGCAAAGUACUACAAGACUUUAGAGGACAUUGAGAAGAAUUACAUGAUCCCACUGAGGCAAGUCUUGAGUCCACAGGACAUGGAGGCUAUCUUUGUAAACCUGGAGGAUGUGAUCAAAGUCCACUUUGCUCUCUUGCGAGCCAUUGAAUUGAACGUGGUCAGUGGAGGAAGCGGCCUGGGGAAGAUCUUUCUCGACUUCAAAGAAAGGUUGCUGAUCUAUGGUCAGUACUGCAGCCACAUGGAGAAUGCCCAGAAGAAACUGGACGAGCUAAUAGCCACACGGGAGGAUGUCAGGAUUAAAGUAGAGGAAUGUACAAUGAAAGUGCAAGAAGGAAAGUUCAAGCUCCAAGAUCUUUUGGUAGUUCCCAUGCAGAGGGUGCUGAAGUAUCACCUCCUACUAAAGGAACUUUUGAGUCACUCAACUGACCGACCUGAGAGACAACAACUGAAGGAGGCUCUGGAGGCUAUGCAGGACCUGGCCAUGUACAUCAAUGAAGUCAAGAGAGACAACGAGACACUGAAAAAAAUCAGCGAAUUCCAAAGUUCAAUAGAAAAUCUUCAGGUGAAGCUGGAGGAGUACGGGAGGCCAAAGAUAGAUGGAGAACUGAAGGUGUGCUCCUCUACGAACCGAACAAAACAGGACCGGUAUAUAUUCCUCUUUGAUAAAGUGGUCAUUGUCUGCAAGAGGAAAGGCUAUAGCUAUGAGCUCAAAGAGAUUAUUGAGCUGCAAAAUCAUAAAAUGUCGGAUGACCCGACGAACAACAGAGACAUGAAAAAGUCCUGUGGAAAAAUGUGGUCUUAUGGUUUCUACCUGAUCCAUCUGCAAGGGAAGCAGGGCUUCCAGUUCUUUUGCAAAACUGAGGAAACAAAGAGGAAGUGGAUGGAGCAGUUUGAUAUGGCCAUGUCCAACAUCAAGCCAGAGAGAGCCACAGCUAAUCAGCACAACUUUGAAAUGCACACAUUUGAUAAGAAUACCAACUGUCGAGCCUGCAAGAUGCUCUUGAGGGGCAUCUUCUAUCAGGGCUACUUCUGCUCUCGCUGUGGAACAGGAGCUCACAAAGAGUGUCUAGAAGUGAUCACCAUUUGUAAAAUAAAUCCUCUUGACCUGGAGCCUGGAAUAUCACCUGGUCCUAAGAUGGUGGCAGUGAAGAACUACCAUGGCACACCGGUGCCUCCGGGGAAGACGCCUCUCUGUUUCCAAACAGGAGAUUUUAUAGAGCUUCUGAAGGGAGACCCGGAUAUCACAUGGUGGGAGGGAAAGCUGAUACAGACACAAAAGAGCGGCUUUUUCCCCAGUUCCUAUGUAAAGCCUUGUUUGGACCCAAAGCCCUUCCAGUCAUGCCGGUCGUCCUCAAGGGAUGCAGACUACUAUGGCUAUCCUUGGUUUGCAGGAAAUAUGGAGCGGCAGCAGGCAGACAACCUUUUAAAAUCCCACUGCAGUGGGACCUACCUUAUCAGAGAGAGGACAGCUGAGGCGGAGAGGUUCGCCAUCAGCAUCAAAUUCAACGAUGAAGUAAAGCACAUCAAAGUCAUUGAAAAAGACAGCUGGAUACACAUCACCGAGGCAAAGAAGUUUGAAAGUCUGUUGGAGCUUGUGGAGUACUAUCAGUCUCAUUCGCUGAAAGAAAGCUUCAAGUUGUUAGAUACCACACUGAGAUGCCCCUACAAGUCGAAAGAACGCUCGCUUACACGGGCCAACACACGCUCACCAGCCACCUGUGCAUCCUACAACUUCUCCUUCCUCAGUCCGCAGGGCCUCAACUUCUCCUCCUCUCAGAGCUCAGCCCCCUUUUGGUCAGUGUUUACACCUCGAGUGGUCAGCACAGCAGUGGCCAGGUAUAACUUUGCAGCACGAGACAUGAGAGAGCUGUCACUGCGAGAAGGCGACAUUGUCAAAAUCUACAGCAAGAUCGGCGGAGACCAGGGCUGGUGGAAAGGAGAAGCCAAUGGAAGAAUUGGAUGGUUUCCUUCAACUUAUGUGGAUGAAGAAGGAGCGCAGUAAGCCUCAGAUGUUGCUGGUCUGGCUCCCUUUAAAUCAGGAACCAUCUUCUAUCUACUGUUCUCAGAGAAAAUUACUCAGUCUCUCCAGGAAAAUAACACAAGGAAAAAAAAGAAAAAAAAAAAACUUUUUUUGUUGUUGUUUUGCUGGAUACUCAUUUUUCAGCGAGCGUUUUUACUCUGUUUAUCUUCAAUUAUGCAUCAGCUUUUGUCUUUGCUGGAUGUCCUGUUUAAUUUCUGUACAGGGAAAAAAAAAAGGAAAAAAUGGCUUGCUGUCUGUCAGCCUCUGUGUGCUCUGCAGAGACUUUACUGAGGACUGAGGACACAGCAGAAACUGACUGCUGAUAGCUUUACUUUGGAAAAAAAAAGGCUUCCCUUUUUUGCAGGUCUACGCAAGGUGAAAUAAUUGUACAGUAUAGAUAAUUUAUUGAAUAGAGAUUAUCAUCAUUACUAAUGAUUAUUGUGGGGAGUUGAUUUUAAGCAAAGAAUCUGAUCCGAGAAACUAAAAUAAGAAAAAAAAAGAUGCUGUGUUUUUUAUGUUGAAAGAUUUUGCCUUAGUUGUCAUGGUGAUGCCUUGUGGGCUGACACCAGUGGAGGGAAUCGACUUUGUUGACUGAUUUUACUUCUCCAUGUAUGCAUGUGCUCAUAUGUGGCCCACAUAAACACGCACACGCACGCACACACAGACCAAUGUACAGUAUGGUGCCUUUGAAGAAUGGGUGUUGCUUACUGAACCUCAACUUCAGCCACUCAAGAACAUUGCCAUGCUCAACAAUACUUCACGAAAAGAGAGGAGCUUGAGCCCCUGAAAACAGGAUGGUGAGGCAUUUAUGUCCUAAACGGCCACUGGAUGAACUCACUGGAUGUGUUUUUCUUUCUUUUCUUUUUUUUAUAGCCAACACAAUACCAUACACAGUCUACAAGUCAGUCGUCAGUCAGAUGGAUACGAAAGGGAAAACUUUCAACUCAACAGUCACGUCACACAGUCUCAGUGUUUUUCAUGUGAUUUUUCUUGCACAGAAUCAUGCUUUUUUUUAUUUUAUGUUUUUUUUUAUUAAACUGGACCAACAAUUUUUUUUUAAUUAUUAUUAUUUAAAGCCAAAUUUAGCUGUAUUUCAGUGUCUGCACAGAAUUGAAUUGAUUUAUGAUUUUUCUACCUUGCCUUACUGUUUUUUUUAAAGAGUUGAUCAGGUGAUGGGAUUUUAUCCCCCUUAAUUUAAAUGUUCCUGUGUGAAAAUGAUUUUCGUGUUGUGCAGACUGAUAAACAGUGUUUUAAUCUGAAGAAAAACUGUGUGUGCUAUAGACGUUAAACCACAGAAGAUGUACUUAAUCGCUUUGUGAUUUUCUAGGGUUGCGGUGCUUAGUGUUUCCAUUUAUUUCCACUCACUUCUUCGUGCCAUACACACUUAAUAGAUUUAUAGCUAUUUACACCACAGUGUGCUGGCAUCAGUUUUUCUAUUGACAGCACAAAUGUACCAGGCAGCUUUCUGAAUCUAGUAUUGUACAGGUAUUAAUAUUUUUUGAAAUAUUUGACCUUGGCAAUUCUUUCUUUUAAAGGGUUCAGUUGUUAUGGAACACGAUCUACAGUUUAAUGAAUGGCUUUCAUUUCAGUCUUCUCAUUUUCCCAAAAAAAUUACCAUGUUGAUAUAAGCGGACAUUCAAAGGCAGUAGACUGUGUCCCUAAAAAUCAAGGACUCCUUCAGGGUCAUGUACUUGUGCACCUCUGGGCCACUUAAAGUGCUGCUGCUUUUAUUAGUUUUAUUCUCACAAUGUCCGCUUCUGUAGUUUUACCAUGGAUCUCAAAUUGUGCAGAAAGUAGGGAUGCGACUGUAUCCAACUAACCCAACUUCCAAGCCAUCACUGGUGGUGAGAGUUAGGUUUCUGUCGCUGGGCAGAUUUCAGUUAAGAGUUAGCAGUUUUCAAGCCCAGAGGCAGCACAUCAUUCCUGACAUCAUGGGGCUGCGCACUCUUAAGCUGAAUGGUUGCCAUUUUGACACAAUGUGGGAGACCUAGUGUGAGUUAGAGUGGAAGGGGAUAGAACAGGACCCACACAGGGUGAUCUAAAAAUAGCAGCAGCACUGAAUGAUUCAGCACACACAACCAAUAAGAAAGGCUUUGCUAAAAUUUGAAUGUAUGUAGAUGUUUAUAAUGAAGACCGCUUUCUUGCUGCAAAUAGGUCAAAAACACAAGUCAGUCAUUACAGCUUGAACCAACUUGACAAAUACCUUUGGAAGUAAAGUGCAAACACUGAGCACAUCAGCUCUGGCUGGUUCACAAAGGCUUAUGGAGCAGAAAGAUGCCAAAAUGUUUAGAUUCUAAACAUGUAACUGUCUAAGAUGUGAAUUGUUCCAAAGGCCAAAUGCCCUGGAAAACACAAAGUCCUACCACUGUGUAACGGGGACACACAGGAAGCCUCCUUUUUGUCUGGAAUUAGGAGUUUGGGGGACAUCAGCUGUAGUCACUUUUUUCUUUUGUUUUGUUCUGGUUUUGUUUUUUUGUAGUGGACAAGAACCCAUUGCAUGUGGCUAUUAAUAUUUCAACUCCUGUCAGUUCAUCCUCAGAAAAAAAUAAGUACUUACUUGUGUACAUUUUUUGGAUGGUUGAGUAUUUCCAAAUGAGGUCUAUCAUGAAUAAAUAUUUCUUUUGGUUUAAAUUUGA